AUGGCAUAUAAUAUGAUAUCAGAAUUAACAAGUGAGAAAAAAUACUGGAAAAUUAAAGCUCGCGUUUUGCGGAUAUGGGAAUUCAAGCAAAAUAUAAAUGAUGUUGAUUCGUUUGGACUGGACAUGCUGCUUAUUGAUGAAAAGGGGAAUACUAUACAAGGCACAAUUUGGAAAGCAGAUAUCCCAUAUUUCAGAGAUAUCUUACAGAAGAAUGAAAUUUAUACUAUCUCGGGAUUUAGAGUUACUCCGCCGAAAAAAUCGCAUAGAUGUUCUGAACAUUCUAAUGCUAUUCAAGUUGCAAGAAACACAUUUGUGCGACACAUUCCAAACUGUCAAGAUCCUAUACCUUUUGAAAAGUUUCAAUUUGUUAAAUACGAAAGUUUAAGAGAAAGAGUUGACCAGGACUUAUAUCUCACAGAUUACGUUGGGGAAUUAAUAACAAUGAGCCAUUCAACUAAUACAUACACAAAGAAACAAAUGACAAAAAAGCGUGAUCUGAGAAUUCGAGACGAAAGGAAAAAUGAAAUUAUGGUUACUUUAUGGAGAACCACAGCAGACAACUUUAAUGAAGAUUUCAUUAUUUCUGAACAAAAAAAGGGUCCUGUUGUCAUAGUCAUUGCUGCAGUUGCUGUUAGAAUUUAUGGUGGUGAUUUGACAUUAUCGGCAUGCUCAGCUACAACAUAUUAUGUGAAUUUGGAUAUCCCCGAAGUCGUUCAGCUUAAAAACAUGUACAAGUUAAACUUAAUAGUGAAAGACGAUAACGGUUCAACAUUUUUAUUAGUAUUUAGAAAAAUUGUCGAGGAAUUGAUUGGUCUUCCUAUUCAGUUACUACUUCCACAAAUGAUCAAUGAACAACAUGAACAACAAACACUUUUUCCGAGAGCACUUCAGAACAUAAUUGGCAUGACAAAGAUAUUUCAAAUGAUCAUCACCAGAUAACAGGCAGAUGCUACAAAUCUUACAUUUAAAGUUACUGAAGUUUUUCCGAAUAAUGAAUUUGUUGAUUAUUCUGAACAAGUAAUAGUGCCAACUCCUCAAUUUUAUUCCAAUAUGCACUGAAUCUAUAAACGAAUCAUCAAGUAAGCGACUAAAGAUAAGGUAAGAUAAUUAAAAUAUUGAAAUAUUUUUAUCUUUUUCAUUUACUAAACAAUAAUACAAUUUAUAUUAUUGUUGUGUAAAAAAAGCUUUAAUGACAAAGGAGAAAACAAAGAAAAAGAAGACGGAAAGCAUGAAAAAGAAGAGACAAGCAAGAGUUGUCUUAAAAGAAAAGAACACAAAGACUGAAUAAUUCCAAGUGCAAC